CUUGUUCACCAAUGAUCGUGCAUUUAUGUGAUACCAAUAACGUAAAAUGCGGUUAUAUACUGAAAUAUUGACCUGUCAAAGUAUAACCGUUGUAAAGUGCUUGAUCGAAACAGUUACCAGCCAGCUUAAAACUUCUUUUUAGAGGGUCCAUCUUUGAUUGUUAACACCAUGUGUAAUCAGUACGGUCUUCACUUAUUACUAGAAUGGAUUAACCAUGUUAACUUCAAUGAUGUCUCUACAACAACAAGCUUCCGAUUGUGCCGUACCUGCUUGUACAAGCUCUUAUUUAGGUUUAUUAUAUGCAAGUAAAACAAGCUAUGAUCUUGGACCCUGAUUGUGCACAAAAGAAUGCAUUUUCUGUGUCCAAUGGAAAUCUUAACUACCUCAUUGGCAAAAAGUGAUCAUUACGUCAUCAUGACGUGAAUCUCUUGCCUUCUCUGGCAUCUACAAAAGGGUUUGGUGGGUAGCUUAAGUGCAAGGCCGAGAUAUACAUUAGUCUUCAUUCAGUUAUGCACUAAAUUUUAAUGAAAUGCGAAAUGAUUCAGCUAGUGGAGGUUUUCGUUCUAGUUUUUACAGCGCACUUGGUCAAUCAAACAGCAAGUCAAGUGUACGUCGAUGGCUCCAAAGCUUUGAAGCGAGAUGCAGGGGAAGGUGUGGCCUUCGCUAACUUUGCAGCGCACAAGUUUCGUUACCUGAACUUAGCUCCUUUGGUUUCAACUUCAGUGAAAGAGCCUCGAGAGUGCGGUUUUCUUUGUGUCGAUCACUCAUCGUGUUUCUCAACAAACCUGGCGGCAUUUCGUGAUCAGGACGGAAAGAUGAUAUGCGAACUGUUACCAAGUGAUAAAUACAACAAUUCUAACAAGUUUAUUGAAAACGCAACGUUUCAUCACUUGAGCAUAAAGAGUCCUUGCUCCAGUGAUCCGUGUUUGAACCAAGCAACUUGUGUGGCCAAGUACGAGAACAACGAUUAUCAGUGCGCAUGUGCUGUAGGAUAUGCUGGGAAACAUUGUGAAAUAGCACAAACAGUUGAUUGCCAGGAUAUAAAGAAUCGAGGUCUUUCUAAGGGCGACGGCUUGUACUGGUUGGACCCGGAUGAAGGAAGUUAUUCAAACGCAUUCCAGGCCUACUGUGACAUGACGUCAUUUAAUGGAGGAUGGACAAUGUGUUACACUACUGAUGAACAUGCCAAACCCAAGGAUGAAAUCGUAUACAACGUUCUGUUUCCUUACGGAAGUGUGGGGUACAGGACAGACUGCAACAACAUCCUUGUAAGUUAAUUAUGUUUUAUCCACUCUUGGUCUAUUCACCUUUGUUCCAAUAAAAUAAUCUUUUGUGUUGAAUAAUCCAAUCCAGUCAAAUAAAUUCUCAUGUUAUUUUUUCUUUCUAAUACUCUAAUACUCUACUAAUUCUGAUACUCGGUUUUGUUUAAACAAAGAGGCUUUUACUUUUUUCUA